GUGUUAGUGGGUGUUAAAUAGAUUAAAAUGGUAAAUUGUGAAACUCUCUUCCUGUGUAAUCAAAAUUAUAAAUAGCCAAAUUAUAUGAUUUUUGCUUAGUAAGUGACAAUGAUGUCGUAUACAGUGCUUCUCUUAUGUGUUUACUUAGGUGAAUACGUUUUGUCAGAAAAAUUGUCUGCUGCUGCUCCUGUUGAUGUAAAGUUCACUAAACUAUUGGACGUUAAGUUGGAAAGUAGAACCAGUUCUUUGAGAAAUGAUCUAGGAAGAUUUCUUUAUCCUCAAACUGAAGAUAUCGAUUUAGGAACCAGAGAGGAUUAUUUGCAAGUUCCCUUAAAGUUGUCAUUUGGGAUAGAUAGGCAAAAUGGGAUUCAAGAAUAUGAAAAAACCAUUUCAAGUAUGUUUGAUCAAUGUAAAUAUUUGGUAGGCAGAAGUCAAAUACCGUUUUGUCGUUUGAACCCAGUUGCGAAAAAUUCAGAAAAUAAUUAUCCCAGAAGUUGCAGAGAAAUACUGGAAGCUGGUAACAAUAAAUCUGGUAUAUACCAAAUUAAACCCCGUACCAGUUCUAAAGCAUACGCUGUUCUAUGUGAUAUGGAAACUAAGGGUGGAGGCUGGACUCAUAUUCAAAAAAGAUUUGAUGGAUUUCAAGAUUUUUAUUUACCUUGGAGAGACUACAAAUUUGGUUUCGGUGAUCUAUUAGGUGAAUUUUGGCUUGGACUUGAAAAUAUGUAUCACAUGACAGCAUUUGACAGAAACGAGCUUCUUAUAGAGUUAACAGACACGAACAAAAGUAUUAGUUAUGCACAAUAUUCAACGUUCUCAGUUGGCUGCGAAAAAGAUGGCUAUCCACUAAAAGAACUUACAGGAUACUCAGGCAAUGCAGGGGACGGUUUUAAACGGACAUGUUAAUGCAAAGUUUACAACACUGGAUGUGGAUCAAGAUAAACACGCUGAUAAUUGUGCUAAAAUGUUUGAGGGUGCUUGGUGGUAUACAGCUUGCCAUACCAGCAAUCUUAAUGGAAAAUAUAUGACAAUAGAACUUCCCACUGCAUAUUUAGCACAUGGUCUUAAUUGGUAUCCUUUAAAAUCAGCACAUGUAAAUUUGGCUGGUUCAAGAAUGAUGAUAAGACCAAUUGGAGAAUAAAUAAUUAUUAAUGAAAGAAUAUGUACGUAAUCAAAUGUGCCUCUUUAUGU